UAAGAGCUCUCAGAAAAGGUUUUUCAAGCGAGGUGAGCUUAUGCAAAAGUUAGAAGAAGAAUACCAGGAAAAACAGAGACAAAAAAACAGUGCUGAAGAAGAAGAAGAAGAAUGUACUUCAUCAAGUAUAAAAUCAGCAUUGAAUAGAGUUGAAGAUGGUGAGGAAAGAUUUCUACCAAGAAAAGAGGUGAUACGAAGAUUGAGAGAUAGAAGUGAGCCUAUCCUUUUAUUUGGAGAAACUGAAAUAGAAGCUUUCAAACGACUGCGUCGCCUUGAAAUUCUAGAACCAGAAGUUGAUCGAGGAUUUCGUAAUGACUUUCAAGAAGCCAUGGAAAAAGUUGACCAAGCAUAUCUUGAUGAAAUUUUGAAAUCUCAAGGAACAACUGAUGAUGGAAAGUCAAUCAAUGAUGUAAAAAUUGAAGAAGAGGGAACAACAAUGGAGGAAAUUAAGACAAUGGCAAUAGACCUAGGAAAAGGAAAUGACAAUUAUGAUAUCAAAGUUAUUUUAGCCUUUUUAAAGUUUCUGCUACAGCUGUGGGGAAGGAAACUUAAUUCCAGACCUGAAUUAGAGAAGACCUCAGUAAAGGGUAAGCUAGCCUCUGCUACCUACACCCAGACUCAGGCAUAUCUCCGUCCUUUGCUAAAACGCCUUAAGAACAGAACAAUACAGGAAGAUAUUUUAGCUCACCUCGUCAUUAUUGUUAAAUUGCUGCUCAACAGGGACUAUGUAAAGGCAAGUGAUUCCUAUCUGCAAAUGGCAAUAGGUAACUCUCCUUGGCCUAUUGGUGUUACUAUGGUUGGUAUUCAUGCUCGAACUGGCCGAGAAAAGAUUUUUGCCCAGAACAUAGCCCAUGUACUGAAUGAUGAGACUCAAAGAAAAUUCAUACAGGCUCUGAAAAGACUGAUGACCCAGUGUCAGAGAUUUUAUCCCACAGAUCCAUCUCGCUCGGUUGAAUACAAUGCUUAGAAAAACAAAAAAUUUAUAUACUUGUAUCAUGUACUUUAAAUACAUCCAAGUAGGAUCUUAUUACUACCACAAAUUGUAAAAAUUACAAUAAAAAUUAAAUAUCUUGUAAAAUCUUCUACAUUUUUAGAGAAAUGUAACUUACACUCACUAUGCCGAGAUUUUAAGUGUAAAAUCCAAGUAUGAAUGGGUUGAGCUGAGUCGAGUACUAAGUAAUAGUCCCAAAGAUUUUGCCAACAGACAUUGAUUUCUCUUGUGGAAGUUGGUGCCUUGCAGAAGGUAAAAGAGAGUUUGUUUAUUGGUGUUACCAUUGGCCUCUGACUGUAAACUGUCUUAUUGAUUCCCCCAUCUUUUGGUUUUCCUGGCUGCAUGAUGUAGUACUUUGUUUUCCAGCAGUUUCAUUCCCUCUGAAUGUUGAUGAAGACCAUCCUUGAGUAUUAUUUUUGCUUUAUUAAUGCAGAUGAGGUUCAUCUCCUAUUUGACAUAGGGGUACAUUUUUCGAACUUAUUAGUUUCUUCUCUCCUGCAUAGUCUGGCAUCUUAGUCCAAAUGAUGGUAUUGCUAUGCAGUUGCUUUGCUUUGUGCCAAUCAGAUGAGGGAGGACCAAUCAUUCUGCAUUUUACCCAGUACAGUCUACAAGUCAGUUAUUGGUGGCACUGUCUAUUUGCAUUUUUUUUGCUCUCAGCAAUCCAGAGGAGAACUAGCUUUAUGGCUUCUAACUUCAUUCUUAAGCUGCUUUUGGAAAACUUGAAUGGCCUAACAACCUUAUGUUGAAUGUUGUUGCUCUGAGAGACAACAGAUGCCUGACCGGCUCUCAUGUUAUUUAUAGUGUAGGAACUAUUUGUGAUGAAGAUCCACCAUGGCUUUCAAAUAGAUGUUGAAAUACUUUUUCUGCCUUACCCUCUACCCAUUCUAUACAUUUUUUGUCUAGACUGAUUUCCAAACAGAUUCCUAAGGUGUCAGAUGUUUAUUUCACAGGCUGAGAUCUGGUGGUGACCAAUUAUCUCAUUGGUGACUGUAUAUCACCUGUCCAGUUAUGACUGUCUCCUCUCCUGAGGUGUCUUUAAAGCAAUUUUCUGCUUGAUUGGUGUUUGUAGGGUCAUUUUGAAGCUGGAAUAUCUUAAGUAAAAAAGGCAGUGGCUUGAUGAUUGAAUACAAGGUAUUUAAACUGCAAGGCCCUAGUGAAGAACUUUGUAAAUAUUGUUGUAGAUCCGCGAUGUUGCUAAAACUUGUUAGGCGUAAUAGUCCUUGAUGUUUGUGUGUAUGUAUAUAUAUCCAAUAGCCAUUCUUAAACAGAUGUUUUGUAUCUUUUCAAUCUUGCCUAGCUGCUUAGCAUUCAUACUGAUCAUUGGUAGUGCAUAAUUCAAGAUAAAAUGGAUGAUACUUUGGUGUUUUUCAGCUCUGUUUCUUGUUGUAACUUCCAAUGUAUUGAUGCCUUUAGUAGCUCCAGUUAUUAUAGUGUUAUGUUAAUGUGACUAAUUAAAUUGAGUUGUCUAUGAAAGGUUAACUCCAAGUAUUUCAAUGUUUCUUCCAGAGGGAUGGUGAUAGUUCAUCCUUCAGUAUGUACACUGUUGAAAGUGUAGAACAAGUCUGUGUCAGAUUGGAUUACCAUUCCUUUUAUAGCACCAUUUGCUUACUUUAUUAUGAGAUGGUUGCAUCUUGUUUUCAGUUUCAGCUUUACUAGAGCCUCUGUUGACACCAACAAUUAGGACACAGCAUUCUGUCAGGCUAUCAAGAUGAGCUAGAUCCAUGGUGUAGAUUUUGAAGAGUAAUUAAUGCAGUUCUAGUGUAUCAUACAUGCUACACUGGUGCCUAUUAUGUGCACUAUUUCAGUAAGAAUAGGUCACUAUAAUGUAUUGUAAGAAUACUUUACUUAUGCCAAUAAAUGAAUACAUGGUAACAUUGUAUAUAUGACUAAACUAAAUACAUGAAACAUAGUACUUAUAGAUAUAACUUGGGGUUAGUAACAGUGUAGUUAAUGUAUGAGUAAUCAUGUGAUAAAUUAGUACACAUUAUUAGAACUAUAAACAAAAAACUCAACUAUUCGUAUCUUGUUAUAAACAAUUGAGAUUUUAACUUAACUUAACUACAGGGACAUACAUACUAAUGUUAAGUGGAAUAACACCAAGAGGAUUAGUUCUAAAGAAAAAGUAGGAAAAUAAUGAAUAUUUUUGGACUAAUAAAAGAGGGUCUAUAACCAAAAUAUUAAAACCUAUCACAAUAGAAAUUUUCUCAAAAGGAUUAACACUUUACUAACUAAUGCCAGAAGAAAUUACUCAGGAAGGACCAUUAAGAUAUUUUCAGUUUAUUUCUUGUACAUAAAGGUAUGAGUAGUAAUCAUAAUUCCUUCAUUUUUCCUUCAAAUAAAUGUUUUCAUACCAAUAA